AUGGAAGAGAUUGGAUUCUUGUGGACAGGGGCUGAUAUGGACAGGAAGGACAGACAUUGGGUGGUAAUGUUUGAGGAAUUGAAGGAAUACAAGGCAACUCAUGGACACUGCAAAGUUCCUAUCAAAGAAGGCACUCUGGGUCGAUGGGUCAAAACACAACGCCGUAUGUACACUACUGGCAAUCUCAGGAGAGACAGACAGGAAAUGCUAGAAUCCGUUGGCUUUAUCUGGAGGUUGAAGAGUUUUAGUCCAAAGGAUAAUCCAGAGCAGAAAGCACUGUGGGAUUCUCAAUUUUCUGCACUUUCUAAGUUCAAGGAUGAACAUGGCCAUACACGUGUCCCAUGUCGAGGAUAUCUGGAAAACAGAGAACUUGGCAUUUGGGUCCACAAUCAGCGUCGGCGAAACAAAGAGGGCACCUUGCGACUUGACCGGAAAGGGAAACUUGACAAAAUUGGAUUCACAUGGGACUGUGAUGAGAUUUAUGAAGAAUCUUGGCUGGAAAACUAUGAGCAGCUGAAGCACUGUUACGCCAAGAAGCUUGCAAUGGGAAAGCCAAUUCGUUGGUGGGCAAAAAACCAAAGGACUUUUUGUGCAAAUGGUUCUCUUGAACCAGAGAGGAAAGCAUUGCUGGAUGAAAUUGGCUUUGAAUGGUGGGAACGGCCAGAAGCAGAGCACAUGGAUGAAGAUUAUGGAGACAAUGUAACCAAAACUUAG